CGGAAGUGUGGAACUUUAUAACCCGGAGAGUAACCUAAACUUUCUGCCAUUUUGCCCCAAUAUAAUACAGCUAACGUAAAUCAACGAACGUUAGUGUUAAUAUCCCUGUUAAAGUUACUGUUCUGCCUCAAUCUCGUAACAAAAAAGUGUAACCUGAUGCCAGAGUAAUAUUAGCUCUAAGUAAUAUGAGCAACAACUACCUUACUCGUUGCUUGGACAAAGUGCCCGUGUUACUUUACACAAUAACAAUAAGUAAGUAAAUAUCACGCUCGACCUCUGUCCCAAUCGGGUCGGUUUAGGUGCCCGGCCCCGUCAUGUCACUUGAGAUUUUCAGGUUUCGGAGGAGGAGUAGAAGAAAGUCUGGAGGCUGGGCUAGGGGAAUGCUACGUGUCUUGGAAGCUGGAUGUCCCUUUUAAACCCCCCUCUGUCUUCCUCGAUUACCAAUUUUUGGAGGUUACAACUCCCUCAUCCGAAGCGGUCCGAGUCUCCGGUGUUCAGCAGUCCGUCGGCGGUGUUACACUCGCAAAAUGUCCGGCGUUAAAAAGCUUCGUACGGAUCUCAACAGGUCGACCAAUGUGGUAUACCAGGCCCACCAUGUCAGCCGCACCAAGAGAGGGCAGGUCGUGGGCACCAGGGGCGGCUUCAGAGGCUGUACUAUCUGGCUCACCGGUUUAUCGGGUGCUGGAAAGACUACUAUCAGUUUUGCCCUGGAAGAAUUCCUCGUUUCCCACGCUAUUCCUUGCUACUCACUGGACGGAGACAAUAUCCGCCAAGGGCUGAACAAGAACCUGGGCUUCUCUUCCGUAGACCGCGAGGAGAACAUCCGGCGUAUUGCUGAGGUGGCCAAACUGUUUGCUGAUGCUGGGAUGGUGUGCGUCACCAGUUUCAUCUCUCCUUUCAGCAAGGAUCGGGAAGAGGCGAGGAAGAUCCAUGCAAGUGCCGGGCUACCAUUUUUUGAGGUGUUUAUCAACGCUUCCCUUGAGCUGUGUGAGAGCAGGGAUGUAAAAGGACUUUACAAGAAGGCUCGCGCUGGAGAGAUCAAAGGUUUUACUGGGAUUGAUGCAGAUUAUGAGCCUCCUGAGGCGCCGGAUCUUGUGCUGAAAACUGGAGAGCUCACAGUGAAUGAGUGCCUUCAUCAGGUGUUGGAGCUGCUCAGGGAGCAGAACAUUGUACCAGGCGAGAUCAUGGAGGAGGUGAAUGAACUCUUUGUUAACGAGAACAAACUGAAUCUUGCUAUGGCUGAUGCGAACACACUCCCAACCAUCAGCAUCACCAAGUUGGACCUACAAUGGUUGCAGGUCUUGUCAGAAGGCUGGGCCAGCCCGCUGAAGGGCUUCAUGAGAGAGCGAGAGUUCCUCCAGGUCUUACACUUUGGCAACCUGCUGGAUGGUGGGGCCAUCAACUUGUCAGUUCCCAUUGUGCUGCCUGUCACCUCGGAGAUUAAGCAGGAGCUUGACGGCUGUGCGGCGAUCGCUCUGGAGUAUCAGGGUUCACGCGUGGCUAUUCUCAGGAACCCUGAGUUCUUCCCACAUCGCAAGGAGGAACGCUGUGCCAGGCAGUGGGGCACCACCUGUGCACAGCACCCUCACAUUAAGAUGGUUUUGGAGGGGGGUGAUUGGCUGGUAGGCGGUGACCUGGAAGUGCUGGAGCGAAUCAAAUGGAACGAUGGGCUUGACCAGUACCGCCUUACUCCACAGGAGCUGAAGCAGAAGUUUAAAGACAUGAAAGCAGAUGCGGUAUUUGCAUUCCAGCUGCGUAACCCGGUGCACAACGGCCACGCCCUGCUGAUGCAGGACACCAAGCGACGUCUGCUGGAGCGCGGCUACAAGAACCCAGUGCUCCUGCUGCACCCGCUCGGCGGCUGGACCAAAGAUGACGACGUGCCUCUGGCCUGGCGGAUGAAGCAGCACAAUGCUGUGCUGGAGGAGGGCGUCCUGGAGCCAGCCAGCACUAUAGUUGCCAUCUUCCCCUCACCUAUGAUGUACGCUGGACCCACAGAGGUUCAGUGGCACUGUAGAGCCAGAAUGAUUGCCGGGGCAAACUUCUACAUCGUUGGCCGGGACCCAGCAGGCAUGCCUCACCCAGAGACUAAGCAGGACCUGUAUGACCCCACCCAUGGAAGCAAGGUCCUCACCAUGGCCCCGGGCCUCACCUCCGUGGAGAUCAUCCCCUUCAGGGUCGCCGCCUACAACAAGACAAAGCAGGCGAUGGACUUUUACGACAAAGAGAGACAUGCUGACUUUGAGUUCAUCUCUGGAACCAAGAUGAGGAACAUGGCUCGCAGCGGAGAAAACCCUCCCGAUGGUUUCAUGGCCCCCAAGGCCUGGAAGGUGCUCGUCGAGUACUACACCUCUCUGCAGAAGGACAAGUAAUCAACACAGUGACAGCAGCACUGCAUCAGCUCAUUAAGGGGGUUAUAUAUACAGUCUCACCUCCGGAGGUAUUUUAGAUAGAUUCUUGUUUUAUCUUAUACAAAAAACUCAUUUAAAUUGCUACAAAUAAUGAGUUAAUCUGGCAGGGGGUGGGUGUUUUGAACAAGUCUUCACCAAAUCAAAAGGUCUUGUAUUAUGCAGUUAGAUUUUUACAUUCCUUUUAAAACUAUGUGAUUUGUGAAUCCAUUGUGUGUUUAUAUCCAUAUUAACUUAAGCUAUGUAUUUUUAAUAAAUUAAAGGUUACUUGAGAUUCUUUUUGUAAUUUACGAACACAUCCCGGGAUAGGGAAAUCAUUAUCAUAUGAAUUGUCUGCUUGAAAAAAAACAAAACACAUGGCAAUUAUAUCACUCUCUGUCCAGUUAUUUGUAUGACCUGAGUGAAAGGUAAUUGCAGUAUAUUACUACAUACAGUGCCUAUAUGUGUUACAUGUAUGGAUGUUGAUUGAUUCCUCAUGUUAAUGUUUCAUAUUAUCGUGAAAUACAUCAGAGAUGUAUGUACAAUGUGAAAGUGCCUUUCCCAAAUGUUAACAUUAUAAAACAGAAACUGUUGCUGAUGUUUGUCUGAAGUGUCUGAAAUGUCUCUGAGAUUCGAGUGAUUUUAUAAAGUGGGUAUGUGAAUUAUUGGAAUAAAGACUUUUAGGAAGUCAAAUGCAGUAAAAAAGAAAUGUGUAAGUCA